GAUGAUCUCCAGAGGUCCCUUCCAACCUAAACGAUUCUGUGAUUCCUGACACUUUGGCCCAGCAGAGGAGCCGGUGCCACAGAUGAGCGCUGUGGGUGGCCAGCCUGGCUGCUCCUUUCCCCGGGACACAGCUCUCAAUGGGGAGGUGACUACUGGACGCUGUGCCAUUCUGCAACCUGUACUUUUACAGUCUGUUCCACCUCGCAGUAUUUUCUCUUGUGGAUAACGGAGUUUUUUCAGCUCCCCUCCCCCCUCUUUUGCACUGUCUCACUGUCUCAUGGGCUUCUCUGGCACCUCCCUUUCCUACUACCUUUUUAACAUCCCUUUGCUUUCUACGUUGUUUUUCCUGUUCCCACAUCUGCUAUGACCAAUUUGUCCUCUUCAACAGCCACCUCCCCCGUAGACACAGACUUUAGCAAACGACGAACGUUUGCCACCCAGCAUCCCUGGUGACCUGUUAGUAAGCUACUCUCUCAUACUGUUCAUCUUCUCUAUCUUGAUACAUUUUGGAUGAUGGGCAAGUUUUAUUAGACGUUUAUACGAUGCCUAGCACAAUGACUCCCACUUCUUGGUUUGAAAUCCUGAAGUACUGUGCUACCAGCAUACAAAUAAGUUGUUAAUGUUACUUAUUAUCUGAUAUCAGAGGGAAGCCCCUCCUUAAAAGAUAUAAAAGAGAUUAAAGUUUUGCAGAGUAGCAUAUCCGGAUUUAUCUAGGUGUAUUUUAGAUGAAAACCUGAAACAAGAAUGGAGCACUUAUUACAACCUGUCUAAAUAAGCUUCCGGUUUAAUAGCAAUGGAAUAGGUAACAGUUAGAAGUUGGGUUGAUUUUUUUUUUCUUUAAUUUAUUUGUUUGUUUAUUUUGGUUUGAGUACAAUUCACUAAAUGAACUUUCAGGUAAGUGGUUCUUUUUGUUAACUGUUUGUAGCGCUACUGGAGAAAUACUGGGUUUAUGCAUAUAUAUGGAUUUAUAUUUUUCCUGAAGCUGAAUGUACACCCUGCUUAUCCAGGUAGGCAUCAUCCUCAAAAUUACUGUAUCACAAAAGGGUACAGUUAGUGGGCCAGUCUAACGUGCUGCAUGUACACCAGUCUCCUCAGAAAAGCAUAAACUUUUGGUUUUACAUAGAAAUGGACAGAGACGUCUUUAAACAGAGAAGAAAGCUUAGGUUAUAGGGCAGCAGCCUUAAGGUGCUUAAUGGAGUUAUUUUUAUAUAGGAAUGUAGAGUUGGAAAGAACCUCUUGGGUCGUUUUUGAAUAAGUCAAAGUCAUAAUCAUAGGAUUCUUGAUAAAUAGCCUCCAGUGAAAUAAAAACAAGCUGUUCCUUUUCAGUUAAAUAGCUCACCCAGGGUGCAGAAUGGGACAGCUCAUUUCUUUAGUGGAGAAAAUACAUUAGAAAUAGCCUUUGAAUCCCAAGAGCUGUACAGAAAUAAAUAAUUUACUUUCCAUGUAUUAAAGAGCAACUUAGAAUUUAGCUGGCUGCCAGACUGCUGAUUGUAAUGCCUACCAUGGUAUGCCAGUGCCAGAGAAAUAAAGUAAAAGGGGGCAGGAAAAGUGCUGUUUCCUAAUAAUCCAGUUGAUAGAAGCUCCUGCCACUGUCAGCAUCUUUAGUUUUCAUAUCAGAUAUCAAAUGUCCCAUUUAAAGAUAAAAAUGUGAAGAUGUCCACUACCAUAUUUGACGACAUGGAAAAUUACUUAAAGGGGCUAGCAAGCCUCUGAAAAGGACACUCUUUAGUGGAGAAGAAAGAUCUCUGAUAGCCUGGAAUUAGAGAAACCCAUGACAAGAUGGUAGUGGUUAUUUCAUGCUCAGUCAAUUUUUUGUUUUCCCUUUAACGUGCUGCUUGGUUUAAGCUUAUUUCUGUACUGCAGAGAUAAGGUUCAUCCUUGGUCCCUCAAGACCCCCUAAAGAAACUAACUCUUUCAAGACACAUUAAACAUUUAAUUGCAUGCAUGUCCUAUGAUCCACUGUCACAUGACACAUACCAUGUUUCUCUGUUCUCUAACAUCUUUUUUUUCUCUUUUUUCUCCUUCUUUCUCCCUCCCUCUUCUAUCCUUUGCUACUCAUUCUGUGCCCCCUUUGUUCUUUCUGUGGUUAUAGUUCUUCUGUAUCUUAUUAAAUAUUCAGCAGUUAGAGAAAAGGGAACAAAAAACAAGAGAGGUUUCAACCAAGAGGUUAAUGUGAAUAAUAUAGCAAAUGCCUACAAAUAGUUAAUGCUUGGUCAGAAAAAUCUUAAGGAAAAGCAGAGUGAGGAAGACAGUAAAACCAUCCUAGAGCUAGGUGAAUAGGGUAAAUGUAGUAAAUACAUACAAUUCCGUUAGCCUUUCACUGUGACAUUAAUGAAUAUUCUGCAGCUAUUAUGCUGCCUUAUGCUUGUUCUUUGUGAUCAUUCAUCUGCAUGAAUCUUCCUUAAGUGACUUUCAAAGCUGUGUAUGUUCUUGAUCACAAGAAGUGGAAUUUGUAUUAAAAUGUGUGAAUGAACCUGUUCCAGGAGUGUGUUGUGGCCUUCCGGAUACAGAGACUGUCAUGAGUUUCUCAAGUUUAGCUCAACCCAUCCUCACAGCAAAUAGCAUGUACAGUGUAUAUUUAUAUAUUUAUAUAUUUAAAUCUUACAUUGAUCCAGAAGGAAAAUUGUCUAAGUCAGUCUCCUCCUCAUUCUUAGUUCGUGCAUGUUUCUCUAUUAUUUAUUAGGUAAAUAUAAGUGUUGAAUUCUUUGCUCAUUUAUGCUGUUACGUAUUUAUGCUUACUCCUUUGGACUAAACUAAACUACACAAAAUCCUUUUACACAGCUCUGGAAGGAAUUGCAAAGGCAUCUUAACGCACAGCCACUUUAAGAUUACCUGUAUGUAGCCAGGGUAGUGGGAUGAAGUGGAAAGCAGCUGGGCUAAGAGCUGGUGUCAGUCCAGGGGCUGUUCACUCCUGCUCCUGGGCAGCUGUGAUGCAGAUCUGGCCCUGUAUUUGUUUUUUCUAUCUAAAGUCUUCUACUACGGACUGAGUAUUUUUAAAAAGCACUUAAACUGUGCAGCAGGCUAGGUAGCAUUUCGUGACAUGAUGAUGCCCAGGUACAUCAGUGCUGUAAAUUGAGCAGCCAAAUAGGACAGGAAAAAUCAACCCCCCAGGACUCCAAACAGUCAAAAGCAAAUAUAUCUGGUCUCCUUCAGUGCGGUGAGGCUUCUUCACUGAAAAGAUUCACAUCUGCACUUCACACUGCUGUGAAAUCAUUAUUGAAUCAAUUUUUUUAAAGAAGAAAAUCUUCACAAUGGAAGGACAGACAGGCAAAGGGGCAGUUAGUGCUUUAUUGGCUGCAUGCCACGUUUUAAAAAGGUCAGUGGCUCGUGUCCUCUGUGCAGCGCAGUUGCUAGGCUGCAGCGGAUUUCUGUGCUCCUUUCCCUAGCAAAAGGGAUCUUGUGAUGAGGAGCAACGUUAAGGCAGAAUCUUUUUAGCAGCUUCAGCUGCUCCUUUGUGCUGGCUGAGUGAGGCAGGUAGGUGCUCUUAGGAGCAGUUUUCUUUCCAGGGUUCUUGAACACAGCUGCUGAAGUAGCAUUAUUUAUCCUGCCGAAUCAGAACCUAAUGUAUUAGCUUGGGAACCAGCUCACUAACUGGUAGCUCUUUCAGGGCGCACUGGGUAACUGAGGUUUUUCUUAGGUAUCAGCAGAAUUUGUUGCCACCUUCGCUCUACUGCCAUCUUCUACGAACUCACUCUAAGGCAUAUUUAUUUAAUGCUUGAGUGAAAAUUAUCUAACAAAGGUUGUGAGGUACAGAGCUCUUCCAUGAGCUUUUCUUUUAACCCUGCUUUGCUUCAGCCAGGUCAAGCAGCAGGAACUUUUGUGUAUAUAUGAGAUGUGUUGUAGUAGCAACCAGUACUGCCAGUUGGGAUCAGGCCUUACUGGGCUGAAGGUUGAACGGAUUCGUAAUGGAAAUUUUACCUCGCACCAGAAAGCGUCAGGAAGGAUGCAACGUAAGGGAGCAGACCAGGGUAGGCUUGGGAAGGGAAGGACACUGCUGCUCAGACAAGGGGUGUGCUUUCUGGCCAUUUGGUGGCUUCAUUUGCAGAGGCCACAAUCUGUACUAUCCACAGUACACCAUAAUUUGAAAACAGCAUCAAGGUUGUAAACAAAUGAAAAUUUCUAACCUCAGAAUAAAAUUGUCAGGAUGCCAAAAGACACUGAUCCAGAAUGAAAAAUCAUGUAACCACAGCCUUAGUCAUCAGAUAACUGGUCAAUCUAAUAUUUGCACAUAUUCAAUAGGACAGUUAUUGCUUGGAGCAAUAGAUGUAUUGGAGCAAGGGAUGUAUAAUUGCCACUAUCUGUUAAAAAUAAAGAAUCAUUCAUUAGUUCAUGUCAACUUAGUCCACAUGUAACAUGAACCCUACAAAAUUGUCUGCCAUAUGGAUUCAACAAAUGGCAAGAUGUAUGGUGUACUCACAAAUCUGCAGUACAUGCUGGAAGGCAAAUAGAGAAUGUAAGUAAUCAAAUGGCAAGUCCAUGUACGUGUCUCCUCUGUCAUGUGCUUGGUAUUCUGUAACUUUUGGCUGCAUGUAUUUUCAACCUCCAUAAUGAUCUUUUAACAUAGAUUUCCUGAAUAAUUCUAUAUUUAUUGCCUACGCACAUGCCGCCUUAUCUUAUCAGGUUAGCCAAUCUAUUUUACCGCUUUUGAUCUGUUUGUCUUUACACCUUCACAAGGGAAGAGUGUGUGUAUGUUGGAGACUUUGUUUCAGAACGUUUUGGGGAAGGGAAGUGUGGGUACACACUGGUCCAUGUGUUGCUGUGCAUUUAUCCUCAAGUAAAUAGGUAAGAUGAAAAAAUAAACUGUAUACUUCAAGCAGAGAGUUGCAAGGCUUCUGGGGAAGCCAGUGAUGUUCUUUGGUUCAUGUGGGUGCUUGCUGAGGCUGCCUAGAAAGCUCUAUCAGCUGCAUGGGUUGUACCGUCUUUUAGUAAGUUGUACCAUAUUUUAAAAGUUGUAUCAGAAAAGCAAAUCUGUCAGUCCUGGUCUUUGUUCCAGAGCUUUCAUUGAUCUCUUAGAUAACUUGAACCCUAGCAUUUUAGUACUUUGAAGAUAAGAUUUGAAAUUGUAAACUCGGUUGUAUCUCAGUUGCUUUGUGUUUUUUUUCCUAAUCAGUUGCAGGAAUGAACUUGUAAAGACUGCAUUCAGCUUGGGCCCUUUAAACUCACUUAGGAGCAUUUACAACUGAGGUACUAGGUGGCUGCUUACAAAAGCUCUAAUAAUCCCAGCCGUGAAUUCUUGUUUGAUCUUUGUGAGCUCCUAUGACCAUUGCUGUAUAAUCCAAACUGUAGCUGUAUCAGAUGGCCUGUUUUAGAUGCGGCCUAUUCUUUCUAUAAGCAGUGACAUAUUGUGCAAUGUGUAUCUAUUCAGAGUCAUGGAAGUGACAAGUAAAACAGGUUAUUAGAGGUAUUCUUUAUCAUACCUGAGCUCUCUUCUAAUUCAUUAGUACAUGUUACGUUGUAAUAGUACUCAUUGCAAGCUUCAGGGAAGAUACCUAUUGUGCUAGGCUCCGUAAACACAGAGGAUAAUACAGAUCCUGGAAAGUGUUUCUAAAAAGUUUAAAUUAAGAUGAAACAGAUGUUUGUGACAAUGGAGGAGAAGAGAAUAAUAGACUGCGUUAGUACAUAUUCUAAUGCUUAUAGUGGGCUUAGCUUAGGGCUCUGAAUCAUUAAAAAGCUUUAUAAAAAUAUUUACUAAUCAAUAAAUAUCAGCAAAGCCUAUUACACCAAAGAGAGAAAAUAGGACAGUAAUUUUUCUUUCCAAAGAGUAUACAGUAUUUCUGGCCUUAAGUAAAAUGAGCGACACCUAACCAGCUGACUAGCGCAUAAGCGGUAAUAAAUGGUACUUGAGGUACAUACAGAGAACUGGAAUAGAUGUUCCAUGGUAGCUUCGUUAAUCUGUGGAACUGGAUGCCAGUAUUUUAUAGCUUUGGCAUCUUUUGUGAGUAUUUCUCAAGGAUAUUAUUUCAAACAUACUUAUCUUAAAUCACUGACUGAAAGUGUUGGCAAGCACACGCUUUGUUGUGAGGUUACAAAUAGUUCUCUUCACUGUUUUUCUUCGGUUAGCAGUUCAGGUGCCUCACGCUACAGCAUGGUAAUUGCCUUUUGGACUUACCUUCUGUCUUUGACCACACUACUUGGUUUUUCUGGUUUAACAUUUAUGCACUGACGUGCUUUAGUAUAUAGGGCUUGAUUUGCAGCCUGUAUGAUAAGCUGUAAUGCUCAGGCUUUGAAAGCCAAGCAGGUAAAUUGGGAUAAUGCUUCUUAUCCUUUUUAAAUCAAAAGACUACAAAACCCUUUUUAAAAGAGUCCACUGAUCUUCUUGUACAGUGUUGUUACAGGCUAUAAUUUACAGCCUAACAAAUACGAAGUUAAGCUUUCAAAGGUGGUUCUUUUGUUGCUGUUGUUCUUCCUAUUUUCUCCUACUUUGUUCACUUGUAAGUUUGGCAAUAUGUAUAUGGUUUCUUAAAAUAAUUGUGUAAUGUUUUUGUGAUGCAGCCGAUGAAUACUUCUCAAAGGUGCUCCUGUAGUGAUUUCGAGGUUAGCAUUGGGGUGCUUUGCUGGAUUGGCCCAGGGAGCUCCAGACUUUGUAAAGUCAAGCCCUGAGCAGCACCUGACGGAGCAGCUUUGGGAACUGCAAAGGCGUGUUAUGAGCCAAUGCACCUGCUUCCUUGAGUUGCACUUUUGUGUAGCUCUGCACUCCUCUAAUAUGCUGUAACAGGUAACGUUUCCUGGGGAGUCUGUGGUUCUUGUCAGUGGGAAUUUUUCAUGUUCAGCAUCUGUUAUAUUAUGUAAUGUAGAGGCUAUUUUAGGUUUUUCUGCAAGCAAAAUUGAAAGACAUAAGUUUGCUUAUUUUUCAUAAAUAUUUGCUUCAUUCAGGGGAUGGGUACCCUCUAAUGAUGGCUAAAACAUGGUCCAAAACCUAACAGUCGUAGUCAGCACUGCAUGUUCUUGGAUGGAGCAAAUCAGAGCGUCUUGGAUCCCUCAGGCUAACCUACCUUGCAGCGGCUGAUGCAGGAAGGAAUAAGGAACAUCAGUCCCAUCCCAUUGGUGACCAUGAUGCGAUUAGUGGAGCUACUCAAACAUGUGCGACAGGUCCUCAUAUAGGGCCUAGUGGAUGUGAUUUGGUCUCCUGGGGGUGCCUGCACCACUCUGCUUGCAUUUGGAGCUCAUGUUGUGGUAUGGCCUGGAUGCAGAUGCUGCUUUGAUUGGCUUUAAAUAGAUGGAAGGGGGGGGACAGCGCUAACCUUCAGUGAAUUGUCCGUGCCCAGAAACUGAAGUCACCACGUUCUGCCUGAUUACAGACUUUAUUUAGGGUUUUGCUUGUAAGAAUAAUGAGGUGGUUUCCAUUCCCACAGUGGAUGUGCAGCUCUGCUCUAAUUUUGCAGGGAAUAUUCACUCUCAUACAAAGGGGAAAAUUGUAUUCCCCUAAACAGGAAUUUUGCACUAAGCUGCAUACAAGGAAGUAUAGGUAUUUCUAAGGGAUAUUCUUCGCAACUCAAAAUAAAAUUCAAGCCAGGGACUAGUAUGAUUUGGGGGAGCCCCACUGAAGUUAAAGGAGCUGCAGUGAUUGGUACCAGUAAAGCAUGUGACUUAAAUGUAUGCUCCACCACAUUUGUGGGGAAAAAGGCUAUUGUGCUAGGACAUAACUGCUGGGAAAAUUACUUUGGAAUAAAUCAUGCCAGAAACUGGACCAGAUUUUGAUGACACAGUCUUGCAUCUAAGAAAUUUUGAUGAACUGUGUUUAAAAGAAAAUCCUCACUUUUAUAUGAUAAGACCAAAGCAGUAUUUUCUAGCUUAACAGUGCAGUUUUACACUGUUUGCAAUGUACCCUGCUUCCCUCUCUGCCUUUUCUUUUUCUCUCGCUCUUUCUUCAGAUGGCAAAUAACCCAUGCACCAGGUAACCCCCUAUGCGUGCUCAGCAUGUUGGCUAGCAUCAACCCCUUCCAGUGAGCAAGGGAAGAGGGAGGACUGGCCCCAGCGCUAUGGCAUCGCCGCGGAGGGCUCUGCACGCAUCACCUCCCGAUGGCGGCUGGGGAUGGAUGAUUGUUGCUGGUUGUUUUCUUGUCACCAUCUGUACCAGGGCUGUGACAAGGUGCAUCUCCAUUUUUUUUGUGGAGUUCCAGGCAUACUUUGGUCAGGAUUACGCCAGAACAGCUUGGAUCCAUUCCAUUGUAGACUGUGCCACAAUGCUCUGUGCCCCGCUUGGGAGUCUGAUCAGUAAUCAUGUGUCCUGCCAAGUUGGUAUCAUGCUAGGAGGGCUGCUUGCAUCUACUGGACUAAUUCUGAGUUCAUUUGCCACCAGCCUGGAACAUCUCUAUUUAUCAUUAGGAGUCCUUACAGGACUUGGGUUUGCACUCUGUUAUUCUCCAGCCAUUGCAAUGGUGGGCAAAUAUUUCAACAGAAGAAAAGCACUGGCUUAUGGAAUAGCCAUGUCAGGAAGUGGAAUUGGUACCUUCAUCCUGGCCCCAGUGGUCCAGCUUUUAAUUGAGCAGUUUUCCUGGCGUGGAGCAUUACUCAUCCUGGGAGGUUUUGUUUUAAACCUCUGUGUCUGUGGUGCCUUGAUGCGGCCUAUUGCUCUUAAGGAGGACCGUAAAACUGCUCCAGAGUUUCUUGAGCAGGAUUAUGUCCCUGAGGCACAGAAACAAGACUUAAAGCAAAUGUCCAUCUGUUCACCUUUAAUCAAAGCAUGGUCCCAUGAAUGUUUAUGCUACUGCUCAUGGAAGGAGUAUGACUUUUUACUGAUGCCAGGCUUCACGGUGCUGGCAGUGUCAGUUUUAUUUAUGGCCUAUGGCUGUAGCCCUCUCUUUGUCUACUUAGUGCCUUAUGCUUUGAGUGUUGGAGUGAGUCAUCACCAAGCUGCCUUCCUCAUGUCCAUACUUGGUGUCAUUGAUAUUGUUGGUAAUAUCACCUUUGGAUGGCUAACAGACAGAAGGUGUCUGAAGAAGUAUCGGCACUUUUGCUACCUCUUUGCAGUGGGAAUGGAUGGCCUCUGUUGUCUUUUCCUGCCAGUUCUCCAAAACUUCCCCUUGCUUGUGCCUUUUUCAUUUACCUUUGGCUACUUUGAUGGAGCCUAUGUAACGCUGAUCCCUGUUGUGACAGCAGAUGUAGUGGGAACUUCUUCCUUAUCAUCAGCACUGGGUGUCGUGUAUUUUCUGCAUGCCAUACCGUAUCUAGUGAGCCCACCUGUUGCAGGUUGGCUUGUGGAUACAACUGGCAGCUAUACUGCAUCGUUCCUCUUGUGCGGAUUUUCUAUGAUGUUUAGUUCAACGUUAUUGUGCUUUGCAAGACUAGCAAAGAGAAUCAAAAGAACACAUUUGCAGUCACUUACCAGUAAUUCUAACACUAAACAGCACGUCUGGACAAAUGGAGCAAUAGCUUAUUCCAUCACGGGAAAAUUAGACCAAAAGGAUGUUGAAUUUUUGGCUGCGGAUACAAACAGCUACAGCAACAGAUGACAAGCGCCAUCAAGAUUCAGCACGGCACAGCCAGAGGUGGCUGUGCGGUGUUGUGCUGCUGAAGAUAAUACUCCUCUGAAACAAAGCAUCUCCCAGUUAGAUUUUUCUGUCAUGUUCUAGUAGGCUAAAAUCUACAUACGGCAACAGUAAUACAAAGUUAUUACAAUAAUAGGACAAAGCUAGAUUAAAAGUAAAAAGUUUAUAGAUGAAGCGUUCAUAUUUGUUUCCAGUGCAAUAUGCUGACUCUAGAGGUAAUAUUAAAGAAGAUAAUUGGCUAUAAUCAAAAGUAAAUUAUGAUGUAAUUAGUCAUCAAAAUGAACAACCAAAUUUAAGUUUAAAUUAUUUUUUGAAUAGUGUCAAUGAGAUAAGCUUUUUAGUGUCCUGGUCUGUUAUGUUUCAGUGGACUAAUCAAAGAACCCACCAAAAAAAGCCUUUACAUUUAUUCAUCUGCAUAAAACUCUUUGCAAAUAAUGAUUUCAAAUGCUGAAGUCAUUUUUAAGAAAAUCUGGCAGGAAGCUGUAGUUUAUGUUAAAAGUAUCUCUGAGGCAACUUUAUUUUUUUACAGGGUGCCUAACUUUUGCAUGUAAGUUGCAACUUUGUUUGAAAUAUGCUUUUUGCAACUUUGUUUGAAAUAUGCUUUUUGCAACUUUGUUUGAAAUAUGCUUUUUGCAACUUUGUUUGAAAUAUGCUUUUAAAGCAACUUUCCCAAACCUCUGCUAUACCAAAAUUUUGAGGCAGUCAUCACUUUUUUUUUUUUCCUGGAGAACAUUAAAGCCUGAAUUUCUAAGCAUUGCCAUUCCAAGUAUUGUCCUCCAGCUGACCCCUUUCUGGGAAGGUGGCAGAGGGGCUGCGGCUGUGGUGCCGCUGGGGCUCUGGGAGUACGUCUGUGCUGGGAGAUGAGGAGCGCCGACAGACAGAGCCUGCUUUCGCUGCAUUAGCUGGUGGAGGUCCAAAGGCAGCCCAUCAGCCUGGGAGGCCAGGUGGAGAGGCUCGUGUUUUUCCAAACACGCUGUCUCUUCCUUCUGUGAAAUCAGCAGCUGUUGAAGUAGAGUGUGCUAGCAGAUAACUGAGAAACUGCUUGCUCUGCAGACCAUUAGGAAAGAGGAUGUUUGCAGACAGGUUGUUUCUGUGAUAUUGUAAUAUCAGGGCUUUCUCCUUUUUUGGACCCAGAAGCUCUGUCUUCAGAUGGUGUGAAGUACUCAUUUGUAUCAGCUGAAGGGUUGAUCAGGUCAUUUGUUGUGGGUGGCCAGAAAACAACAGCUGUGAUUUGCCGAUGAUUUCCUGCUACUUGUGCUAGGAAAAUACUACAGCUGGCUGCUUUGUAAAUGCUGUAGACUGAAUGUACUUCAUGGGAUAAAUUACUGAUGUGAUGAUUUAUUAAAUAAUGGGAUGCUUCUGCAUUUCCAAAAUGAAGCUGUUGUCAGAGAUGGAGGAACUUUGCAUUCGGAAAUGCAAAUCAUUUCUGUACUUUGAUACUGUAUAAAGCUUUGUUCUGUUCAUUAGUAAAUUGAUCAGAGUCCAAAUAAUUUUCAUCAAUGUUGAAUUAGUAGUUAAAUAAUCAUCUACAAUGUAUUCUGUGUUUGUUAGUGAUAUCUUAUUCCACUCCGUGCCUCAGAAGAGAAAGCAACAUAGACUGUGAAGUUGGUUUAGAUCAAGAGCAUAAAGAGCACAACCGU